CUGAAGACCCCCAGUCAGAUGCGCAGCCUGUGCUCUCCUGGUGGCUGCUGGCUCUGGGCGCCGUCACUGCGCUGCUGCUGCUGGGGGCGCUGGGGGCCGUUUGGCGGCGCCGGAAGGAGACGCGCUAUGGUUCUGCCUUCGCUCCCCACGGAGAGCCGGCCGUUCAUUUCCGCAUCCGCAGCUCCUACAGCCGCAGCAGCGCCGACAGCACGCUUCGCUCUCUUGGGGUGGCUGCGGAGCUGCGGGCGCAGCUGCGGGAUGUGAUGGUGGAGCGGCACCGCGUGGCGCUGGGCAAGAGCUUGGGAGAGGGUGAAUUCGGGGCGGUGAUGGAGGGCGAGCUGCACCAGGACAGCGGGAUCCUCAAAGUGGCCGUGAAAACCAUGAAGAUGGCCAUUUGCUCCCGGGGGGAGUUGGAGGAUUUCCUGAGGGAGGCCGUUUGUAUGAAGGAGUUCCGGCACCCCAACGUCAUGCGGCUCAUUG